GUUCUCCUCACACGCGGCUGCCACCGCCGGAGUCGGGGCCAGAGCCUAUCCCAUGAUGCACCGCGCCAGCCCAGUCCCCAGUGGGCCGCCAUGUUGUCGGAGUGAAAGGUAAGGGGGAGCGAGAGCGCCGGAGAGAGAAGAUCGGGGGGCUGAAAUCCAUCUUCAUCCUACCGCUCCGCCCGUGUUGGUGGAAUGAGCGUUGCAUGUGUCUUGAAGAGAAAAGCAGUGCUUUGGCAGGACUCUUUCAGCCCCCACCUGAAACAUCACCCUCAAGAACCAGCUAAUCCCAACAUGCCUGUUGUUUUGACAUCUGGAACAGGGUCGCAAGCGCAGCCACAACCAGCUGCAAAUCAGGCUCUUGCAGCUGGGACACACUCCAGCCCUGUCCCAGGAUCCAUAGGAGUUACAGGCCGCUCACAAGACGACGCUAUGGUGGACUACUUCUUUCAGAGGCAGCAUGGUGAGCAGCUUGGGGGAGGAGGAAGUGGUGGAGGCGGCUAUAAUAAUAGCAAACAUCGAUGGCCUACUGGGGAUAACAUUCAUGCAGAACAUCAGGUACGUUCAAUGGAUGAACUGAAUCAUGAUUUUCAAGCACUUGCUCUGGAGGGAAGAGCAAUGGGAGAGCAGCUCUUGCCAGGUAAAAAGUUUUGGGAAACAGAUGAAUCCAGCAAAGAUGGACCAAAAGGAAUAUUCCUGGGUGAUCAAUGGCGAGACAGUGCCUGGGGAACAUCAGAUCAUUCAGUUUCCCAGCCAAUCAUGGUGCAGAGAAGACCUGGUCAGAGUUUCCAUGUGAACAGUGAGGUCAAUUCUGUUCUGUCCCCUCGGUCGGAGAGUGGGGGACUAGGCGUUAGCAUGGUGGAGUAUGUGUUGAGCUCAUCCCCGGGCGAUUCCUGUCUAAGAAAAGGAGGAUUUGGCCCAAGGGAUGCAGACAGUGAUGAAAACGACAAAGGUGAAAAGAAGAACAAGGGUACGUUUGAUGGAGAUAAGCUAGGAGAUUUGAAGGAGGAGGGUGAUGUGAUGGACAAGACCAAUGGUUUACCAGUACAGAAUGGGAUUGAUGCAGACGUCAAAGAUUUUAGCCGUACCCCUGGUAAUUGCCAGAACUCUGCUAAUGAAGUGGAUCUUCUGGGUCCAAACCAGAAUGGUUCUGAGGGCUUAGCCCAGCUGACCAGCACCAAUGGUGCCAAGCCUGUGGAGGAUUUCUCCAACAUGGAGUCCCAGAGUGUCCCCUUGGACCCCAUGGAACAUGUGGGCAUGGAGCCUCUUCAGUUUGAUUAUUCAGGCACGCAGGUACCUGUGGACUCUGCAGCAGCAACUGUGGGACUUUUUGACUACAAUUCUCAACAACAGCUGUUCCAAAGACCUAACGCACUUGCUGUCCAGCAGUUGACAGCUGCUCAGCAGCAGCAGUAUGCACUAGCAGCUGCUCAUCAGCCUCACAUUGGUGUGUUUUCAGCAGGUUUAGCUCCCGCUGCGUUUGUCCCCAAUCCAUACAUCAUCAGUGCUGCUCCCCCAGGGACGGACCCCUACACAGCUGGAUUGGCUGCAGCAGCGACACUAGGCCCAGCUGUGGUCCCUCACCAGUAUUAUGGAGUUACUCCCUGGGGUGUCUAUCCUGCAAGUCUCUUCCAGCAGCAAGCAGCUGCUGCUGCAGCAGCAACUAAUUCUGCUAAUCAGCAGACCACCCCACAGACUCAGCAAGGACAACAGCAGGUUCUCCGUGGAGGAGCCGGUCAGCGUCCUUUGACCCCAAAUCAGAACCAGCAGGGACAGCAAACAGAUCCACUAGUGGCAGCUGCAGCAGUGAAUUCCGCUCUUGCUUUCGGACAAGGUCUGGCUGCAGGCAUGCCAGGUUAUCCUGUCUUGGCACCUGCUGCUUACUAUGACCAAACUGGUGCCCUUGUGGUGAAUGCUGGAGCCAGAAAUGGUCUUGGAGCGCCUGUUCGGCUAGUAGCUCCUGCCCCAGUCAUCAUUAGUUCUUCAGCCGCACAAGCAGCUGUUGCAGCAGCUGCAGCUUCAGCAAAUGGAGCAGCCGGUGGUCUUGCUGGAACAACAAAUGGACCGUUUCGCCCUUUGGGAACUCAGCAGCCUCAGCCCCAGCCCCAGCAGCAGCCUAAUAACAACCUGGCAUCCAGCUCUUUCUAUGGCAACAACUCUCUGAGUAGCAACUCACAGAGCAGCUCCCUCUUCUCCCAAGGCUCUGCCCAGCCUGCCAACACAUCCUUGGGAUUUGGAAGCAGCAGUUCUCUUGGUGCCACCCUGGGAUCAGCCCUUGGAGGGUUUGGAACAGCAGUUGCAAACUCCAACACUGGCAGUGGCUCCCGCCGUGACUCCCUGACUGGCAGCAGUGACCUUUAUAAGAGGACAUCGAGCAGCUUGACCCCCAUUGGACAGAGUUUUUAUAACGGCCUUAGCUUUUCCUCCUCUCCUGGACCCGUGGGCAUGCCUCUCCCUAGUCAGGGGCCAGGACAUUCACAGACACCACCUCCUUCCCUCUCUUCACAUGGAUCCUCUUCAAGCUUAAGCCUGGGAGGACUCACAAAUGGCAGUGGAAGAUACAUCUCUGCUGCUCCUGGUGCUGAAGCCAAGUACCGCAGUGCAAGCAGUGCCUCCAGCCUCUUCAGUCCCAGCAGCACUCUUUUUUCCUCCUCUCGUUUGCGAUACGGAAUGUCUGAUGUUAUGCCCUCUGGCAGGAGCAGACUUUUGGAAGAUUUUCGAAAUAAUCGGUACCCUAAUUUACAACUGCGGGAGAUUGCUGGACACAUAAUGGAGUUUUCCCAAGACCAGCAUGGGUCCAGAUUCAUUCAGCUGAAACUAGAGCGUGCUACAGCGGCCGAGCGUCAGCUUGUCUUCAAUGAAAUCCUCCAGGCUGCUUACCAGCUAAUGGUAGAUGUGUUUGGAAAUUAUGUCAUUCAGAAGUUCUUUGAAUUUGGCAGCCAUGAACAGAAGCUGGCUUUGGCAGAACGAAUUCGAGGCCACGUCCUAUCAUUGGCACUACAGAUGUAUGGCUGCAGAGUUAUACAGAAAGCUCUUGAAUUUAUUCCCUCAGACCAGCAGGUAAUUAAUGAGAUGGUUCGGGAACUAGAUGGCCAUGUCCUCAAGUGUGUCAAAGACCAGAAUGGCAAUCACGUGGUUCAGAAAUGCAUUGAAUGUGUGCAGCCCCAGUCAUUGCAGUUUAUCAUUGAUGCAUUUAAGGGGCAGGUAUUUGCUUUGUCCACGCAUCCUUAUGGCUGUCGAGUGAUUCAGAGAAUCCUGGAGCACUGUCUUCCUGACCAGACUCUUCCUAUUUUAGAGGAGCUUCACCAGCACACAGAGCAACUUGUACAGGAUCAAUAUGGAAAUUAUGUAAUCCAACAUGUAUUGGAGCAUGGUCGUCCUGAGGAUAAAAGCAAAAUUGUAGCAGAAAUCCGAGGCAAUGUUCUUGUAUUAAGUCAGCACAAAUUUGCAAGCAAUGUUGUAGAAAAAUGUGUCACCCAUGCCUCACGUACAGAGCGUGCUGUGCUCAUUGACGAGGUAUGCACCAUGAAUGAUGGUCCCCACAGUGCCUUAUACACCAUGAUGAAGGACCAGUAUGCCAAUUAUGUGGUCCAGAAGAUGAUUGACGUGGCAGAGCCAGGCCAGCGGAAGAUUGUUAUGCAUAAGAUCCGGCCCCACAUUGCAACUCUUCGCAAGUACACCUAUGGCAAGCACAUCCUGGCUAAGCUAGAGAAAUACUACAUGAAGAAUGGCGUGGAUUUGGGGCCUAUCUGCGGCCCUCCUAAUGGUAUCAUCUGAGCAGUGCACCCUGAUCCCAUUCCUGCUGACCUCACUGGCCCCUGGCAGAUCAACCAGCAACCUGACAUGUCCUAGUGUAGAGCCUGGAAUGGGCACAUGGUUGCUCUGGAUUGCUCCCUCCUCCAAAAAGGAAUCAAAUCAACCAGUGGAAAAGCCUUUGUAAAUUUAAUUUUAUUACACAUAACAUGUACUAAUUAUUUUUUUUAAUUGACUAAUUGCCCUGCUGUUUUACUGGUGUAUAGGAUACUUGUACAUAGGUAACCAAUGUACAUGGAAGGCCACAUAUUUUGUUCAAUGUUGUAUCUAUAUUCCAUGUAUGGAAACUUUCAGGGUGGUUGGUUUAACAAAAAAAAGUUUUUAAAAAAAGAAAAAAAAAGGUUUUUAACUCAUUUGCCUCAUUGGCAAGUUUUGCAAAUAGCUCUUCCCCACUUCCUCAUUUUAGUAAAAAACAAAAACAAAAAAAAAACCUGGAAAGUUUGAAUUUUAGUUAAAUGACCCAAAACCGGCAUUUAACACUGUUUAUAAAAAGGUGUACAUAUACACACAUGAACCUACACACACACACACACACACACACACACACACACACACACACA